CUCGACACGUCUGCAUUCAAAACAGAGUUUUUGUGUUGCGGUACGAAAAUGUUGUCUCUUGUCGACUCCAAAAUAUUUCCUCUGCUUUCUUUAUUCAUAUGCGCUAGAUGUUUUAAUCCUUUUGACGAAGGUCAGUAUGACAUAAACUGGGCAGGACCUAUAACGUUACGCGAAGACCAAGUUGCUCCGGUGAGUGUGAAAAUGUGCUCAACUACACUAAAGACAGUCAAUGAUUCAUACAGAGUGUCAUUCCUUGGUAGUUUGUUAAUUUUAUCUUUUUUAAACGUUCUCAAUGGGUGGUAGUAAAGUGAAACGUAACAUAGCUAACGACCUCUGUUAACUACAAGCUUGUGGAUUAAGUCGCUAGAGCAUAAACUUCGGUGCAAGAUUAGCAAAGAUUCCUCUUUGUAGCUUUGUUAAUUUUGUGCAGUGCUUUGACUUCUUAAACUGUACCACAGUUUAUAAUGAUGUACAAAGUCAGUCUGUGAGCUUUUUAUAUUCUGGUUGUUAAUAGUACAACUGGACAUCACUUUUAGGGAAAUAAUUAAAUAUUAAUCAAUAAUAAAUUUAUCAUGUCCUCUGGCAGCAGCCCAAUUCAGGUCUACAUGUUGUACAGUUGUACACCUAACAACCUACCAAAUGAACCAGAUUGCCUGUACCCAUUAUAGAGUUGGGGAAUCUGGAUCUCGGGAAAUUCUUGCUUGUGGAAUGCGGAAUCCAUAACGUUUUUGCUUACAGAAUCCAGAAUCCUAGGUUGUGGAAUCCAGAAUACAACUCAAGGAACAGCGAUCCCACUAACGAUUGGAAUCUGGAAUCUAAGUUCCACUGACAAAGAAGCCGGAAUCCAGUACUGGAAUCUGGAAUCUGUCUUGGAUUGCUUUACAUGGGGCAAAAACCAUCAUGCUAUAAAGCCAGACAAUAUGCAGCUGUAUAACAGUGUACUGUAGUUGGUCCACUCUGUGGUGAAUGGGGCUUUGCUCUAGCAGUACCCAGUGGCCCCCAAUACAGGGUGCAAAGAAAGUCAGUUUUACAGCCUGCCAUUUGGGCAUAAGCUGUAGCUAGCCUGUACUAGCCCACAAGUCAUUUCAGCUAGCCCCGAAAUCCUUUUUGAUUAGCAGGAUUGAUUACAAUCAGUCUGUAAUUUGAAUUUCCCCAAAAAACAGCACUUGCCUAUCGGGCAAGUUAAGAACAAAAAUCACUAGCCCAGUAGCAAAAUCCACUAGCCCUGGGCUAUCGGACACAACUUUCAUUGCACGCUGCUAUUAACUCUAUUUUUGCUUUUGUGUGACCAGGAGAUCUUAGCUUUGGUAAGCCCAUAUACUGGGUACCCAGGAUUUCACAGGUUCAGAGCAGUGAACCCACUACAAUUUAUUAUUAUUCUUAAAGCACAUCCUUGUGAACUUCCUAAACAAGCACAGGGCUUUUAUUAAGUGGCGGGGACUAGGGAUUUCCCCUGGCUACUAAGAAUAUGGCCCCCGGCUACUUUCAGAGGAAAGCAGAAGAAAAAUAGAACCAAAAGAAAUCCCUAGUUGUUUGAUUCCCCGCCUACUUGCUGUAUUUACCCAGCAACUUGAAAUCUUAGUGACAGCCCUGCAAGCAAAACCUGGAAGAGAUUAUAAUAGGACCUAUUAUGAUCUCUUGGCAAGAUUUAAUUGAACCAGCGUGCAAAGAAAGUGGUGUUCGAUAGCCCGGGGCUAGUGGAUUUUGCUAUCGGGCUAGUGAAUUCUGUUUUUAACUUGCCCGACGGGCAAGUGAUGUUUUUUGAGGAAUUCGGAUAACAGAAGAACUGUGAGAUCAAUUAUGCUCUUCAAAGAGCUUUUGGGGCUAGUUGAAAUGACAUCUGGGCUGGUAAAUGUUAGCUUCAGCUUGCCCGAAUGGCAAGCUGUAAAAAUGAUUUUCUUUCCACCCUGAUUUAACAUAUGAAUUUUAUAAAAUGUUGGUGCAUUUUCACCGUUUGGUUACUCUAACUUUCAGUUUGAUUACUACGUUGUUCUAAUUUAAUCCUAACAACAGCCCUAACGGGUCCUCUAGCCAACCCAAAAUGAAUGCCAAGCUGUCCAAGUCAAAUGCACAUGUAUUUUGUGAGGGUCAGGGGGUGAUGGUUAGUUUUUCUGAUACAAACUAUAAGUUGUAAUCUUUUUCCACUCUAGAAUGAAGAUCUGUCAAGCAGUAGAGAGUCUAUAGUAAUGAUUACAAAAGAUAAUGAAAAAUACAAGUGCAUAUUACCACAGAUUGAGACACCCAAGGAGGUAAGAUGCAAAAAAUGGGCCAUUUGCACUAUGAUGCCAUUUUACUAUGACCAGAAACCUUGAGUGUUUUGCUUUCUUGAGAAAACUAGGACUUUUGUUAUUUAAUCCUUCCUGGGAUUACCAGAUUUAAGUAUAACAGUAAAAGUGAAGAGGAUUUUGGUCGUGGUCGUAAAAUGACACUAUUAUGCAAAUGGCCUACUAAGUACCUGCUUGAAACAGUUUUGUGACUGACUCGUUCCUAGUUGUCUGCUAUCCUGGGCUUUUAUCCUUCCCAUCUGACCCAAUAUGCUGUUUAGCAGAGGCUCAACAGUGAUGAUUGGGAACUAGUCAGAUUCCAAGCUGUGUACGUGCAUAAUUUGCACUCGUCAUUUUAUUGCCAUGUGCACACAGACCGUCUUGAAAAACACCUGAAUUUUAGCUUUCCUUGACCACUUGCGUAACCAAUUGUGCUUAAAAGUUAUUUGCCCAGAUAGAAAAUCUACUUGUCCUGGAUGGUGGGUCUUUUUUGUGCCCUGGCAUACCCUACAAGAAAUGAUUAAUAAAAAUUAUUACUGCAGAAAAGUUUUCCAACUAUAGACGGCUUGGUGAUGCACAUCUUUGGCUGAUGUCUGGUAUACUUACAAAAAUUGAUGUAGAUGGAAAGGUUUCUAUCCCAAUUUUAAAAAUUUGAUGAAAUUUAUUGCUCAAAAAAGCCAGUUACUUAAGUGGGGUUUUCACAUUUAUGGAGUUAAGGGAUUGACUUGCACAUGCCCGGAAUGGAAGCUGCUGGAAAUUACUAAUUCUCAACAGUUAUAGUGAAGGUAAAGAAUCCUUAUUUUAUGCCAGUACUAGCCUGAAAUAGUUAUCUGACUAACAAAUUUGAUGCUAAUGGUGCCCUCAUUUUACCCCCCCCCUUCUCUCCAUCAGUGCUCCAAUUUAAAGAUACUUAAAGCUACAUGUACACUGUACAGGGAAAGGAGAGAAGUCAAAAGAAGGAUUUGAGGUCACACCUGAGAAUCGAACUUGGGACCUCUUGCACAGAAGGCCACGCACAAAUUGUGGUAAUCUUUCCUGAACUGUGCUUAUCCUUCCCAGGGUUGUCAAAAGUAGCCGGCUGCCGGUGAAAAUCGCUGCCUACUUGGUUAGUAUAGGCCGGCUACUCUGCUUGGCAUUUCUUUACAGAUGGCGUUUCUUAAAUAAAAUAUCCCUGAACUGGCCGCUUACUUUGACAACUCAGCCGUCUACUUCAAAACUUUUUGACAACCCUGUCUUCUUCAUAAUCUCAUGUUGACCCUUUUUCUAUUUUACAGCAUAGUUAUGCUCAUACAGGCCCUCAACCUGAUGUUCUUUUAGAAUCUCUAGUGAUAAAAGGAGAGUGCUCCUACAGGGUAAGUCUUAACCCAAGUUUAUAUCUGUUUAUUAUUACACUGUACAUAAUUAUACUCUUCCAAAGUAGAUUUUGUAGCAAGCUAAAGUAGUUUUCGUGGCUUAAGACCAUUCUAGUACUUUAAGUAAAAAUUCAGUUUAUUAUCAAGACAAAGUAGGAGAUGAUUGACAAAAGAAUACCUGUUGGAAAUUUGAUAGCACCUGCUAUUUACAUGUAGUUAGGUGAUGAUAAAAGAUUAACUCCACUUUAGCAGAAUUGUCAAAAUACCCCGGCAUCCUGCACUAUUUCUGGCUACUUUGAGGUUUUCACAGGCUGUAAAUUGUUGGACAAAAGCAAAAAAAUGGAUGAUUUAAAAAAGUUUCAAAAUAGAAAAUAGAAAAAGAAAAAUUUGUUUUAAUCAGGCCCUGUGUGUCAUUUUUCAUGAUUUUUAACGUGUUUUCAGAUCCGCUCCCGCUUAGUUCUUUCCGUAGUGGGAAUAUGAUACCACAAAGCAAAUAAAAAUAACGUAGAUGCAACUGACAGGGUUUGUUUACACUGAAACACAUUUCCCUAGUGAUAUGAGUUCCACUACCCAGGAAAAACGUAUCCCUAGUGAUAUGUGUUCCCCUACCCCGGAAAAACAUAUCCCUAGUGAUAUGUGUUCCCCUACCCUGGAAAAACAUAUCCCUAGUGAUUUGAGUUCCCCUAGCCAGGAAACACAUAUCCCUAGUGAUAUGUGUUCCCCUACCCAGGAAACACAUAUCUCUAGUGAUAUGCGUUCCCCUACCCAGGAAACACAUAUCGCUAAUGUGUUAAAUGUAGUUUGCUGUAAUUAUGAUUUGUUCAGAUAUGUAGUAAAAGUUUUUUUUCUAGUUCAAUGCCAAUGAGAGAGAGGGGCAUGCUACAUGUGCAGGCAUAGGAUUUGUUAUAAUAUAUCUACCAAGGAAAGUUGUCUGAAACUUCCUGUAAGAAAAGCAUUUUUAAUUUUGCUUCAAUGUUUGAAUUGCACACGUGCCGAUAACACAAUGCAACUGAAGAAAUGAUCUGUUAUAGUUAUAAAAAAUCCUACUGUGAAAUAGUAAACAUUGUAAUUGUAAACAAAAAUAUAUGGACCUAUCAUGUAGUAGGACAUGGCAUCUUAGAGAAUAAUGAAAUGGAAAAAAAAUCUGACUGUUGAUUUUCAUUAAAAAACAGAUACUUCUCUUGUUAGCAUUGCUCUCCGGCUCAUGAUAGCCAAUUUCAACUAGUGCGAAAACCUCAAAUCUGCUUUGCUCCUGGGGCCCCAUGGACCUCAGAUGAGGCACUGCCCUUGUACCCGGCUGGGGACCUGGGUGGCCCCCAGACCCCUUGCCUGGUGCCGGCUACUUUCUCGUAUUCUCCUGCUCCUUGAAAUCUUUUUGACAACCCUGUUUUGGUUUUAUAUCACAAUAUGAUCAGUCCAUACUGAGUGGUGUAUUUUUUGAGUAGGUACAAAUUAUUAUCUGAGUCUAUUGACCUUAGGAUGUUCAUUGGUUAAUCCCAGUCCCAACCAGACGAGCCCGCAAUGAUAAUUAUUAAUAACUGUGGGCUACUCUUGUUGCCCGCAAUCCCAGUCUCCAGGUUGCUAUUACCAAGGGACUUUCACUAAGAAUUAAUGGCAAGCGCAGAAUGUAAUCUGAUCUUGCCAUUUGGACCUUCUAUUACCGUCUUAUAAUGAGUUCACGUGUUUUGACCACCUAUAGUGUUUCUUGUAAAACUUAGUUGGAUAGCACAGUGUUGGAGCAAAACCAUUUUGACCUCUGAUCAUUAUCACCCGCACUCUGUAGCCUUUGGUUAUUACUAGAAUUAAUAUUAUACUUUUGUUUUUUUGCGCAUCCUUUUUCAUCUGCAGCUUGAUACAUAUUGGACUUAUGAACUCUGUCAUGGAAGACACGUAAAGCAGUUUCAUGAAGUUAAAGCUGGUGUUCCGGUAACUUGUUUAUAGUUUCAUUUGAUAUUAUUAGCUGAUUGAAUUAACUGUCUGUCCAGGACUCUAACAAAUUGUUUGUUAAUGCUGAAACUUUGUCCAAAAUGAAGGAAAAUAUUGUCACCCUUGAAAUGAUUUUUUGAAUUGAUCAUUUUCUCUUGAAACGUCAAGCAUUCUGAUUUGACUUGUUUUGUCUAAGUCCUGUUCACUUACCAACAAAUUGUUCAAAUUUUUUUCUUUAGGAUGCCAAAGUUCAAGUCUAUUACCUUGGGAAACUUGAACCAAAAGUAGUACACAAGAAACCUGAAGGUGAUUCCCUUGAAAUAAAAAAAUAUUUUGGAUUUAUUUUUAGUAGUUUACUUUAUUUUUUGAUUCCUUGUAUAAACUGCCAGAGCUAGGAUUUUGACUUAUGCUCUUCGUAACCUGCUUUUGAUGCCCUCUUAGGAAGGUGGGGGGCGGGGCCGGGUUGCGUGUGUCCCUAGUUCGAGUUUCAAAACCUGUUAUUUCACAUAUUGAUGGGGAAGCCUGCAUUGUUGCUGUCGGUGUUUUACUGUAAUAUUUUUGCUUUUCUUUGUCAUUGUCCCAGUUUCAACACAUCUUUGUUUCAUUUUUCACCAUUUUCUGCUGUCCUAUGUUGCUGUUGUGUGAUCUGAUAUUAUCUUUGUGUGUGUGCUGGUUUGCCCUAAUAUUACGUGGAAUUAUACUCUGCAAGCAAUCUUUUAGGGGGUCCUAUCUCCUAUUCUCAAGGCUAAGGCUUGCUUGCCUUCUUAAAUUCUAACUAGAGGAGUGCCUAUUGUCUUGAGGUAUUGUGUGGCUGCACUCUGAUGCCUUCAUGUACCAUAUUAGUCUGUAAGUGUUUAGAUGACUAGGUACCUGUAGUAUUAAAUGGUAGCCCUACCUUAGCACCAGUAUACCAGGGCCAUAGAGGAAAUUGGAGUCAUUAUUAGUUAGUGAGGUGGACUGAAUAAUCAAACAGUAAAUUAAGACAGAUGCAUGUAGCAACUGUCUAAGGAGUCUCGAUAACAAAUUUAUCAUUUAAGCUGGUUCCAAAUUCAUGCUUUUUAUAUGUAUAUGCAAAGGGCAGGAUUAGCUCAGUCGGUAGAGCACUUAACUGCAGAGCAGGAGGUCAUGGGUUUGAUUCCCAGGACCGGACCAAUACUCAGGGUCUUAAAAUCACUGAGAAAUGAAGGUACUGCAUUUGACCUGCAAGCGGCUAGACCAUCACAUGGCUCUGAUGACCAUGUAAAAUGGCGGUCCCAUUUCCAGUGGGAGAUGUAAAAAUAGUGUCCUCAAUAAGUACUUUAAUGCCAAAUACAUUGACGCUCAAAUAAAGUGCUUCUUUAAGAAUUUGUACACUGUACGUCAAGUAAUUAAUUCAGUCUUUUGUGCCACGUCUAAAUCUGCAGAAGAAGCAAAACCUCUUGAUCCACCUCCAAUAGAAGGCAAAGAUCAGGAAAAAAGCGUAUGUUUAACCAAAACUUCACCUUUUUAUGUGACUGUAAUAUUCCCAGUAGUUAACUGACUACCCAAAGACCAAAUGCUAAUUCAAACUGUUUUUGUUUCCCUUCAGAGUUUGAGUUACUGGGAUUCUACUGUAUUAAGUAUAUGCAAAAUCCAGUCUUUACAUUUCCUUAUGAAUAUGCAUGCAGUGUGUGCAGUUACCUUUAAAUGACUAAUAGUAAGGUUGAUCAUGUUCUUGUCAAUGCACAGGUUCCCACUCGUAAAGUCCACGGACAUGAGUUUCCUUACUACAAAGUACUGAUGGACAAUGGUACACCUUGUGACCUACUUGCCAACAAGCCACGAACAACAAGUGUUCUUUACAUGUGCAACCCAAGGUCAAGUAAUGAGGUUAGCCUUUUCAGUAGCCCACAUCGUAGAUAUAGUGUAACCCUGUUUAGUAAUGUCUGGGAAGCUGUCCUGAUAUCCUUGUUCUGGGCCAGUCAUGGUGGAUACUCAAAUCAAGAACAAGGAUUUUGGUAUUGUUUCACAAACGGACUCAACCAAAGUUUAGUUUCAUCUGUGGCGCAGGCCGGGUGGAGGGGUGGGGGGGUACUUUAGGAAUUUUUGGGUGGGGAUUUGCCGCUGGGACCCUGGAACCCUUAGCCUAUACCAGAGCUAGUUCAGCUGAAUUUUGCUACCCUAUACUAGACCAAACUCCCUAAAUAUCCCCCUAUCCUAGAGUAGCUUUUAGGCUGAGUUGCGUAAAUAUAAAUUUGCUGAUUUUAUUUUUUUAUAUUGAGUAGCAAUUUCAGGUUGCCCUAGUCUAGACUAAAAUCUUCAACCAAUUGAUCAGUUUCCUGGAAAAUGAUACCUUAUUCUAGACUUGAACGCUCUGAUUUAUACACCCUAUCCCAGAGUGAACGGCUUUGAAAACAAUACCCUUCACAGUGGCACAUACCUAUAAUUAUAGCCCAUAUAUGGCAGUACCUCCCCCCCCCCCACCUGGGGCACAGGCUAGCUUAUAAGGGAAUAACGGAAUUAAACAUUAUUGGUGUGAUAUCCUUUUUAUUGACUGCAAUAGUGGCAGUGAUUUUGAACCUUACUGAAUCAGUGAUAAAUCAACAAAAUGUACACCAGCCUUGAAAUGCAACUUUUUUAGCUGUCAUCCUUUUUAUCACCCACUGUAUUUGUGAUCUUUCCUUUUUUUAACAGAUUAUUUCUGUGAAGGAGGUCCAGACAUGCCACUAUGAGGUGGAAGUAUUUACUCCUUUGCUAUGUGGAAACCCAGUGUACAUGUAAGUGUGAAUACCAGCUUAACCCUUUGAGCCACAAGACUGAUCAGCAUCAAAUUUCUUCUUGUAAAAUCAAUGCUUUAUUAAGCAGAUUAGCAAUGAGAAUUACGCACAUGAUCACACAAGACAUACAGUGUUCUCCCUAAAUUUUAGCUCAGCAGGUAAGGGACGAUUCAUGGCCGGUAAGGCACAGGAUAUGUGCCAGAGGCACACUUUAAUGGGGGGGAGGGGGGGUAGUAGAGUGAGGGACAUUGCUAGGCCCUUGCUGCGAAAUUUUGGAGCUAAGUCCUCUGAAAGGUCAUUCCCUAAAUAUUUUAAGCAAAUUGGCCAUUCUUUUCUUUAUACAACAAUUUAAAACUUUUGAUUGCAAUAAUUUUACUCCGUCUUCCAUGCGCUCUUUCCAAAACAUGUGGCCCAUAAAAAGAAAAGCUGUGUAUACUUUAGUAAUUUUCCAUAUAUUCAUUCAUUUACUUGUGAGAAUCAGAUCGGACCACAGCUCGCUUGCGUAUUUUUUAACACUUCUUCUUAAAUUUUUAGUAAACCUGUAGGCGGUAAGAGGUAUUACUUCAGGCGGUAAAUUUUACCGGUUACCGCCUGAUAAGGAGAACACUGGACAUAACAAGUUGAUACUUUAACAACUUCUUCCCACUACUUCAAUGGAAAUUGUAUGGGGCACCAAAUGAGAAUUUAAAUUUUUAAAUUAGAGGUUAACCGGUUUUAACACCCUCACCUAGCUGUUACAGAAUAAUCCUGGAUAUCAGGAUCUUAAGACUUGCUCAUUCAGAUAAUACAACAACAAAAACUAUGCUCCCAGUUUAAGUCAACUUAAUCACUUGGAAUAAUUAUUAUUUUCUUUGAUUUUCAGGUUUCGAGAGAAACCCGUUCAUCAUAUAAGCUGCCAUCCUUUAGAUGGCUCUCCCAAGUGAGUCUCAAUAAUUUUUUUGGUACAAAGUAAAAUUCCAUGCAGCAUUUGUUAGAUGAAUUCUUAUUACAUUUUCUCUGUUUUAAAAAUAUCAAUUUACAUGUUUUGUUGACAAGUUGUAGACGUUCUUUUUAAGACCUGCUGAAACAGCAUAUUUUGUAUUCAGUUCUGUGCUCGUGGUUCUUCUUUGGGCGAUAGUAUUUUUAUUUGUGAAGCCAAAAUGAACAAGAGUAGUUAAUUCUAGUUAUAGGCAGGCCAAGGAUAUUAUGUAAAUUGUAAAUUGUAAAUUGUAAACAUCUUAUUAUCCACUCCCCUCAGGGCUUUUCAGGGAUAAUUUACAAGACUGGUUGGGGGACUUUGCCAGACUGCUUAAGGUGCAGUUUACAAGUAGUGAAGGAAUGAGUAAUGAUGCCCCCAUACAUGAGUGUGAAAGUGAGAUAGGCCACUACACCGGGCACUACGUGCCCUACUCUUUACGAAGAGUGUGUGGGUUCUUUAACGUCCCACAGAUUUAAUACAUGUGCAAGGGCUUGUGAGACGGGGCCUACGGUUUAUCGUCCUUAUCCGAGAAGACUAGAAAGUCUAGCCGUUUGCAGAUAUUAUUACAAAGGCAGCACUUUCUCCUCAGUUAUUUAAAGACCCUGAGUGUUGGUCCGGCCGGGGUUUGAACCCGCGACCUCCCGCUCAGUAGACCGGCGCUCUCCCAACUGAGCUAACCAGGCGGCGGUCACUUACCAUUGUCACUUACCAUUGGUCUCAAAAUAUAAAAAAACAGGGAUACAGUUUCAUUUAAGCCUCAUGUCCUACCAAAAAACUAUAAAUAAUCAAGAACAGAGUGUUCUCAUCAUGAUAAUUAACAGGAUUUUACCGAUUUACAUGUCACUGAUGUUGAUAUUUUCCCUUUCUUUUAUAGUGCACCUCGAAGCUAUUCUGAACUUAUGGAUGAAGAAUUAUCUCUGCACAGUUUUUUGGAGGUUUGUAUCUAAAGAAGAGGCAAUUGAGCCAAACUUGAUUUGUUAUCAGAACUUCAGGAGGGUUAUUUGGGGCCAGUAUGGCUCGGUCUACUAUGACAAUUUUGUGGUGGUAUCGUGUAUAUGAAUGCAGUGUUACCAAAGAGCACUGUGGUGAACUUGUGCCAUCACAAAUCACCCCCUCAACUCUAUCCUCGGAGAUCCAGGGGCAGCUAAUUGGGACAGGAUAUUAACUGCUACAGAUAAAGUUAAUGACAAAAACAGGAGAACCUCUUAACAUGUAAUCUUACCAAGCCAUUUUCAGUCUAAGGGCCUGUUUACAUGGAGGUGGGGGACCCCAGGUAGGUGAGGUAACUUGCUUAGGUGGGGUAACCCGCCUAUCCACAAAAUCUCUCAUUUUAAUGUGAUCACGUUUACAUAUUAGGUGGGGUAAUUUGCCACAUGUUACCUCACCUACCUAGGGUCCCCCACCUUCAUUUGGAAUGUAGUGUUGAUUACAAAGGCUAUAUUGUUUACAAACCAGAAGUUUUGGUGAGGUUAGAUGCUAACUGAAUUUUGUUUAGUUUGCAGCAUCAGAUGAUCAGACUGCACCAGGUCCGUCUGAUGAGCACAGAGACAUCCCUCCUCAACCUGAUGAUUCACUAACGUCAGCCUUCCUGCAUGGAGACUACUGUCUUGUUGGGGUCAGUGAACAUUUGAAUACAGAUUACAUGGCCGUGCGGUGAUACAAAAUUUCUCUUCGAGUGUUGAAAAAUAUUUCACAAGUGAGCGCAAUGCGCAAGUGAAAUUAUUCAAAUAUUGUUCUCAAACUCAUCAAUAAUUCAUUAAGAAAAUACAAAGGAAAUUAAUGUUUAAUGAGUGUUUGGAAAUCGGAUGAAACACUGCUUAGUAUUUGCAUCCUUAAUUUCUCCUUCAAAAAUGAUCUUGUUUGAGAAGAAAUAUCAAACAUUCGACACAGUGUUUCAUCACCAGAUGAAACACCUCGAAGUUCGUCAAAAAUACUCCGCUGCGCGUCGUUUUUUCAACUCUCUUCUCGGUGUUUCAUCUGGUGAUGAAACACUGCAUCUCAUGUUUGAUAUAUUACAUGAAACACCGAGAAGAGAGUUGAAAAUACGACGCGCAGCGGAGUAUUUUUGACGAACUUCGAGGUGUUUCAUCUGGUGAUGAAACACUGUGUCGAAUGCUUGAUAUUUCUUCUCAAACAAAAUCAUUUUUGAAGGAGAAAUUAAGGAUGCAAAUACUAAGCAGUGUUUCAUCCGAUUUCCAAACACUCAUUAAACAUUAAUUUCCUUUGUAUUUUCUUAAUGAAUUAUUAAUGAGUUUGAGAACUGGUGAUGAAACACUGCAUCUCAUGUUUGAUAUAUUACUUCAACACGAGAAGAGAAAUUUCGUAUCUCCAAGCGACCGUGCAGUGUUCCAUUUAUUGUAAUAUAUAGAUAUGAUUUAGCUAGGGCUAAAAGCGAAGCUCUCGAUAAUAUUUAUAGUUUGUUCAAACAAAAUAUAAAAUCGCGUAAUGCUAAGCGGCGAAGGCAACGCCGGAGAACGGUGAAAAACAACAAUAGGUCUUAUUAGCAAAAAAACAACUUUGCACGUGCAGCACACUUUUUUGUACAUUUCUUUGCCGUUGUUUUGCACGACUACAUCGUGAAACCUCCAGAAACUUUUUUUUAUGGAGGAAAUGUCGUACGUGUUCUCGUUCACUUUUUUUUUCACUGUCGUUCAUUUUCUCUUUGCAUUGGUGGCCGCUAGCAUUUCUCAUUUUGUCACCACCGCUACAAAAUUUUCAUGUUUUUCUUCCACCAAAAAAAUGUCUCCUUUGCUUUUAUCCCUUGCUCUAGAUCUCUGUCGCCGUUUUUCGCGUUGAGCUUCGCUGGCCUGCCGCCUAAGUUCUCUUUUUCUCUGUCUUUCUCUUGCUCUAUAUUCCAAAUUUGUGGACGUGACAAUCAAUCUAAGCUUAAUACUUUAGACAACACGGAUACAGAAACAAUUUCCGCUUUCCGUUUUCGUCUUUAUUGACUCUUGAGUUGUCUCUGCUUUACAAGACGCGGGUGGUUAUGCGAUUUCCCGCAAAAAUAACCUCGAGAACUGCAUUUGGGUUGCCAUACCUGUUGAUUGAGUUAUUUUACAUUGGUAUGCCUGUAGUACGGACGGAGGGUCACUCGGGCGGUUGGUGUACGGUCACGUGAUUACCCAAUUUUCUCGGAUGGGUAGAUUUCCACAUUUUCUUACCCAUGGCAACACUCUAGGCAUGCUUCAUGCUAAGGAAACCGGGAUAAGCUCCGGCCAAUAGGCCAUUUGCACGAUGGCGUCAUUUUACUACUACGACCAGAAUUCUUUUGGGUUUUCUUUUCAUAUUUAAAUUUGGUAGUCCCAGUGAGGUUUAAAUAACAAAAGUCCUAAUUUGCACAAGAAAGCAAAACCCUGAAGGAUCCUGGUCAUAGUAGUAAAAUGACGCCGUCAUGCAAAUAGCCUAUUGGAGCUUUGGCUGGUGUGCGCCUUUACCUUACCCAAGAAGGCAAAGCAUCCUCCUUGAACUUGUACAUCCACGUCUGCCCCAACCGACGAUCUUAACUUAAUUUAGGUCAACCUAAAUUAGAGUUUGGUUCGUCCCAUAAAAAGUUCAACGUCUGGCCUAGGCCCUACUCUCUCAUUAUUUUCAAAGAAAAGUGUGUUAUUUACUUUUACGUGGUGUUGGCUGACCAUUAAUAAUUAUUUUCUUGUGAUUUGCAGGGCGGCUCUGGUUGGUGGAAGUACGAAUUCUGUUAUGGCAAGCAUGUAACACAGUUUCACGAGGAGGUAACAAACAACAAACAGCAAAACGUUUUAGCCUCAUGCGAUGGUUUCUGAUAAGUGUAGUGCCAUGAUAAAUAAUCCACCUGGCCCCGGUUGUUCAAACAAUGGAUAGCGGUAUCCAACAGAAAAAUCACUAUCCAGCCGAUAAGUAUUAGCCAGGGAAACCAAUUACGUUAUCCAUUGGAUAGAGAUUUAUUCAGUGGAUAGUGUUAUCUGGGUUUCGAGCAACUGGGCCCUGAAUAACAAGACAAAUUUGAAAACAUGUUAAUAUUUUUUAAUUGAUGAAAAAGUAAAUUUGUAGACUAUAUUUAGUCUCUCAUUUUCCUCGAUGACAGUCGAUUGCACUACACUCUUUUCUUUUUAUAAGAAUGUUGUUUUUCCGGCCCAGGCUGAAUAUUCUUAUUUUUCUGCCGAUUUUAGGCUGAAAAUAUUCUUGUAUUAUUCUUAAAUUAUAGCUUAUGACAUUUCCGUUUUAGAAUUUAUUGGGGUAUAUGUAUAUGUGUCACAUGUACCGUUCAUCGAACUGUCAUUAGCGUUGAACAUUUUGCUAUAGCUAGUGCAGGUUUUUUCGUUUUGUUGGCUAGUUUCGCCGUCCAGAGAAAGGAAUAAUUUUAUAUGGUUAAGUUAAAAACAUAAAAUUGUAUUGUAUUUACAGAUGUUUCAACACACAAAAUUAUAUCUAUCCUUUUCAAAAUCUCAGCCUCGGCUUUAUUCUUAAAAUAUUCUUAAAAUUUCGCAAAUUUCAGCCUCGAUAUUCUUAUAAAAUAUAUUCUUAUAAAAAAAAAGGAGUGUAAAAGAUCACCACCCUUCGUUUGCCCUUCCUCACUGGUUACCUAUUUCAUUUGCUCUAUCAUCUUUGAGAAAAUGAAGGACUACUUUAGACUAAUGGGUUUUGACUCCAGCUUGUGUAAAAUAAAGACUAUUGAAAGUAAAGAGAGUUGGCCUAAUGUCCCAAACGAUUUUGCCGACAUAACGAUAUUUAGAUUUAGAUUUAGAUUUAGAUAAAGAUAACUGUUGUCUCUGACCGGUUUGUCUUUGUCAAUUACAAAACACAAAUGCCAUACAGAGGACCAAUUAGCUCUCCGGCAAGGCAAUCAUGUGUAACUGGUGCGAAGCGUAGGAAAUAUAUGCAUGGACAAAUUAGUUCUGAUUGGCUGAAAAUUAGCCCAUAGUAGCAUAGUAAACCAUUGACAUACAGUCUGUAGGUUGAGCAAUAUAGCACCAAAGCACUGGCCAGGGCACUUUUGAGUCUGGCUUGAAUAAAAAUUCGAACAGUUUGAAAAUGAGCCAUAUAUAUUUAUAUACACUUUUUUUAAAAAUUCAGGAAUCUGGUACAAGGAUAGAUAUUCUUCUGGGCAAAUGGGACAGAGAGGUAAUAUUCUAUACACGUAGUCAAGGUGGCUGAACACAGUUUGGCGGGCGGUCAGUGGUAACUCGCGUGACAGCGCGUGUUUUUAAUUAGACAAACAAACAUGGCGGCGAAAAAGCAAUGAUACACAGAAGACGAUUUCUCAAAAUCUACUCAUUAAAAUUUUUGUGAUAUUUGGCAGAAUUUUUACUUUUAUCGUAUUUUAGAUAAUGAAAACUUUAAAAUGGAGGUUGAACAGACGAAUUUCGUGACACAUUUAAUAAUUACGAUACAAUUAUAUUAUUGAUUAUCUAAAAGUCCGUCUGUUAAAAUUUGAUCAAAUAAGUUUCAAAUGGUAAUGAUUAGUUACAGUAAGCUGUGUGCAAGAUUAUAGGAAAAUCUAAUGAGCGAAUUUUAUGUAAACUGAACAAAAGUGAAAUUUUAAGGUUGUAUUCAAUCGUUCAUGUUGCCAUGGAAACUACAAAAACGUCAAAUUUUACCUGUCAAUCAAAAUCUUUCAUUAGUAUAUUUUCCACCUGCCAAGUUUCAGCUUGUGAGCUGCAACCUUUCUCUUGCCAUGAUUUGGCAAAUGACAUACACUCACAAACUACCAAAACUGUGUUCAGCCACCUUAAAAUAGGCCACUGUCGUGUUCCAAAAACUCUCACUUUCAAAACGAGGCUAAGUGCAAAAGCUUUCUUGCUGAAAAUUAGUUCAGUCCAUUUGCUUGAGAAUAAAAAGAUCAUUUUCAUAUCAGUGGCUUCACACUAAGCCUCGCUUUGAUACACAAGCUUGGGGCAACUCGAAAAUGGCCUUCUAAGUGGCGACGUUUUCCUUCUGUUGAAACAAAGCUGAUUUACUUUGAGUUUAUUCUGUUAAACUAAGAGUGGUACUGCACUGUAUAAGGUCGUCAGUCGUUUGAAUAGCAAGUAGUGGUGAAGAACUUUCCAUUUUAUACCCUCAUUUACCCACCCCCCUGGGGUUCUGUUGCGGCGCGUGCCUCAAAUUCCCUUGUGAUUCUUUAUCCUUGUCAAGGAUGCAAGAACAUCAUUACGUCAAUAGUAGUGAAGUUCUAGGGACCUUACGAUCCCACAACGGCGACGUCUAUGGAAACGUCACUGAAAAAUAGACUCCGCAUCCUUUCAAACCAUUAAAAAGAACGGAAUUUCGGUUAGAACUGAAGAGAGCGGGCCGCGCCUGAGUUCAGACAGAGAUGGUAGAAUUUAUCGCCUUCCUAUUCCCGUGCUCAAAAUACUUGAAAUUUGGUCAUUUCACUUCGUAGUCGUGCAGAGACGGCAAAGAAAUGUGCAAAACAAGCGUGAUGCACGUGAAGGGUUGUUCUUUUGCUUACUAAACCUAUUGCUUUUUGACGCCGCCGUUGCCGUCGCCGUCGUCGUUUCGUAAGGUCCUUUCUGUCAAUGAGACGCAGACGUCUCUACUCUGAAACGUCCCUAGCGUCGAGGAACUAGGAGAGCAGUAUUCGCAGGCUAAGCUGAUACGAAAACAGUUUUUGUUGAAAUAAAAUGGCUAAGCUUUCUUUGUGUUUUAUGUUUUAGGUUCAUAUUAAAUGGAAGAAAGACAGAAUGGGGCACACAUCAAGGUAAGAAUGGAUAAGCUGUUACCUGUUUCACUGAGCUGUUCUUGUAAGAUUCAAAUGCCAGUAGUCAAGCCAGUUUUGCUUGUUUUCGGUAUCUUUUGUCGAGGUUUUCUUAUUUUCACGACAACAGCAAAAACGUUUUGAUAAAGACUUAGUGUUAGUUAUCUCUUUUUCUUAAUAAUUUCAUUUCCAAACAUUGUGUUUGCUCUAGGACAAAGUUAUACAUCCCCAAAACGUUUCGAAACAGCAGUGACUGUAUUUCAAGAUCUGAUAUCUAAGAUCUAAAACUGAGAUCUGCCAGUGCGUGAUACGAAAAUAGCACUGCUGUUUAAUGCACCCACCAAGUUUCAGUUUUCAAACUUACUUUUUCCGAUUUGUUUACAGCUAUGCGGAUCACUUUUACGGCGGUGGCGAUGUUUGCGACCUAACAGGAAAUCCUAGAAGCGUUCAAGUUAGAUUAAAGUACGUUUUAAUUGCCUCAACACUUGCUUUUCCGAGUGUGCCAUAGCAGACGAAAAAUUAAUUCCGGUUAAUUAAAUACUGGCCUGUGUAUCCAAACGAACCGCUGACUAUGCUUCAUCUGAAUGGUGACACCACAGGAUUUUGUCCACAAACUCAAAAGUUGUUUCAAAAAAUGUCACUGGGCAGUACUUUCCUGUCACAGUGUGGUAUUGUUUAUUAUUCGGUGCAAGGAGGCGCAAUCGGUGGAUGAAAUCCUAAAGUGUAACCAUUCAAAUGAUAGCUCAAACUGAGCAGUACUUUCCUGUGGUACUGUUUAUUAUGCUGUACAAGGUGGUUCUAACUUUUGAGUCUGUGGAUGAAAUCCUAAAGUGUGACCAUUCAAAUGAAAGCUACUGAGCAGUACUUUCCUGUGGUACUGUUUAUUAUGCUGUACAAGGUGGUUCUAACUUUUGAGUCUGCGGACGAAAUCCUAUGGUGUGACCAUUCAAAUGAAACCUUUUUGGGAGCUCUUUCACAUGGUGGUAGUUGUUUUUCAGCAUUUUACAAAAUGAAAUUUGGAGUUUUUCUUUAAUUUUGACAUUGGCCAUUUCUGGGAGUGAAAGAGUUAAGAUUAUUAAAUUGAGUUCAUGAUGUCUGUUUGCUGCAUUUUUUGCAGGUGUAAGGAGUCCCAGCAUUUACAAGAAGUUGCUCUUUCGUUGUCGGAGCCAAGCACUUGUCAAUAUAUUUUAAAAGUAAGAAAAUCUUAACGCGAAUUAAUGUGAUCUCAUUCCCCCUGCCGUCUUUCCCCCUCACUCCCUUUGCCUUUUUUGAACUGUCAACCGUGAUAAGCAUUUAUUUAUUUUACAGGUCGAAUCGCCAAUUAUCUGUCCGUUGCUAGAGGAAAUGGACGCGUAUGGUUUAUUUCAAGUGGACGAUUCGUGAAUAUUGCCAGCUAGUUAUUUAUCAGUAGGAUCGAUUUUUAUGUAGUCUUGUACACCGUGGACUACAUUAGGGACCUUAAGCAAGGACGACGACGACGGCAGUGAAAACUUCGGCAAAAAAAAUGUAUUUGCGUUCUUUCAAACUUAAUGGCGUCUAUUUGGACCCGUUCAAUAUGUCAAAUGCAGGUGACUCUUCCUGGAGUUGAAUUCUUAAGGUUCAAAAAGAACAAGGAAAAUUCGUCGUCGUAUGUCCACGUCCUUCAUAAAACGUCAAAUUAGGAGGUUUCACGUCGUAGUCGUGCAGUGGACGUCAAAGAAAUGUACUAAAAAGCGUGAUGCACGUGCAGAGCUGUUGUUUUGAUCAUUAAACCUAUUGUUUUUUUGAAGUCGUCGUUGUGGUCGUCGUCGUAGUUGCUUAAGCUCCCUAUCAUCAACGCUGGAGUGUAACAUUUUUUACUCAUAGUUACAAAUAAGUGAGGUGUUUUGUAUUUAUCAAAGGAGAUGUAAAUAGUAAUUUGUUUUGUUUACCAUUUUGAGAAGGCAAACUAGGAAAAAUUUAACUCUUACACGGGAAAAGGAAUAGAACUACAGGAGCCAGUUGUAGACAUUUUAACAUCGGACGUUCAGCCUUAAGGUUGAUUUCCACUGACGCGUUUUUUGGCUAGCACGUUAACGCACGUAACGUUUAAUCACGUAAAUAAAAUAGAAGCAAGAUAUAAAGUGUCGAGAUUAAAUGUGAAGUUGAGCGAGGUUCUACUUUUACGCUUACGUGCGACCUUUCAUACAUUGCCUCUAUUUUAUUAGCUAACGUAAAUUUUACGCACGUACGCACGUAAAAAUUACGCGUCAGUGGAAAUCAACCCUUACCGAUCAAAACUUUUCAUACGACGGCAACAACGGUGAAAACGUCAAUUAAAAAGUGACUUCGCGUUCUUUGAAACUUCAGCGCGAUUUUUUAUCUCCACUCACUCUCUUUUCGCCCCAGGUAAGGGAAUCCAUAUUCCGGAAUCCGGGAAACUUUUGCUCGUUGAAUCCGGAAUUCGGGAAAAUUUUGCUCGUGGAAUCCGUACUCCGAGAAAAUUUUGUUCGUGGAGUCCAGAAUUCGAUAACAUUUUGCUCCUGGAAUCCGGGAUCCUUGGCUUUGGAAUCCGGAAUACAGCUCGAAAUUCCACUAAGGAUUAGAUUCAAUAAUCCAAGUUCCACUGACAAAGACUGGAAUCCGGAAUCCAUGGCGUGAAAUCCAGAGUCCAAGACUCCCUUAGAUUCUGUUGCAUGGGGCGACUCUUUGUAUAAUGUAGGCGAACUCUCGGGGAGUUUACUUCCAAACAAACUCACCCAAGUUUAUAAAGAGAAACAGGCCGUGUCUUGUCGGGGGAAUCAAGCAAUACGCUGAUUAGCACGGGAAUAACGGGAACGUCAGUUGACGACGGCGCGCGCAAAUCAAACAACUGGCUUGAUCAAUGGCAGAGCGGCAAAUCGAGCACCGAAAGUCGUGUUUAGUCCUUUCCGCGCGCUUUCUUGUCGUCAACUGACGUUCCCGUCCUGUUGCUAAAUCAGCCUAAAUUAACAAACCAAUAACUUAUUUGCUGCCUUUUUUAAUGAAAUUCUUACAGGGUAGUCAGUAAUAGAAUAGGCCAGUUUUCAUGCUUAGUUCCGAGGCUAAGAGGAAUUAUUAGUAGUGCUAUUGUUAGGUGACUGUUAUCAGCCUCUACACAGACCUUGUUUUGUUUUUCUUUUCGUUCUUUCGAAAACAUCGGCGAGCGCGCGAGAAAGGUUUUUAUUCUUUAUCACGGGCGCUCGACGGACUUUUUCGAAAAACAUCGGCGAGCGCGCGAGAAAGGUUUUUAUUUUUUAUUACGCGCGCUCGACGGACUUUGAAGAGAAAAGAGGGUCUGUGAACAGGCUAGAUUGUUAUAUGCUGUAAGUAUUUUUCUAGCUGAAGGCAAGGCGGCAUAGGCUCAGUAUAGGAGACAAUAGAGCCUGAAUACACUGCUUGUAUCUUUGAAGGGGAGAUACUCUCUAUAAGGGCCUAUGCUUGGAGGCUCUGCCUUUAUGGGUUACCUUUUACAGGCUUCAGGUAUACGAAAGGGUAGGGAUUUCACCAGUUGAAAUGUAUGAAAGGGUAGGGAAAUCUGUCAUUUCCGUCUGUAAAAAGGCUCAAAAGGGCUAACAGAUGCAUUUUAUAGUUGUGAAAAAGUCGAGAAAAAGCGCCGGUUUUUCGAUUUAUUUAUUUUUUAAAGAGUUAGACAGAGCAUUAGCAGCGGUUUAAAGGGAUGCAAUGUUCUGAACUAGGUAUCUGAAAAGGGUACCAUUUGUCAAUAAAGAGGUACCGCUUUUCUGUCAAAGGGUAUUAAAGGGGUUGGACCUCUGCGCGGAGCCUCCCUGUAUGACACUUUGUUGAGUACCCACCCCCACCAGGGCUUUGAAUGGGUUUUUUCCGAUUCGAAAAUUUGAAAGAAAUGCUG